AAAAUGUCUUUGAAUGCAUAGUUUCCUAAGCAAGUGCCCUUUCUUCCUGGACACGUAUUUUCAGAUCCCUACAAGGAAAGCCAUCACAAAACCUAAUAAUUUUCAAACAUCAAUGGAACUGUGCAAGAAAAAACAAACUUCAUUCAUGAAGAGUUUGAUCCAAAUUUGUUGGACUCAAUGAAAAUGGGAACGCCCCCUAAUCUCACUUACGGUAGUAGAUAACCACCUGAAAAUGACUAUAUCCCACGAAUUCAACCACCUUGGUUGAAAUAUGAUCGAGCUGUUUUACGAUUUUAUUCCUACUUCCAAGAAUCAGUAGUUGAAAAUCCCCACGAAAACUAUAGAAUUAGACAAGUCAUCAUCUAUUAUUACCUUUCUGAUGGAACAAUCCAUGUUACCGAAGUAAUAAAUUAAAUAACUGUAGCCUCGAGUAUAAAAUUCAGGCAUUCCUCAAGGCCUCUUCAUCAAGAGAUAGAAGAUACCAAAGAAACUAGGGAAAUAAGACUUUUAUACAUGGGAGGAUCUCCAAUUAUGCUCGAACAUCAAUUUCUAUGAUAGAGUAUGAUUUUCAACUUCAAUUAGGUGUAUCGAAUUUGUGACUGUGACACCUACACUAGGGAGUUCUAUGAAUAUAUGGGCAAACCCUUGUCUUUGCCUGAGCAAUUGCCAAGAGAUAAUUUUCAAGCCCAAAAAGAAACAAAAGACUUGAAAAUCAAUCCCCCAGACACCAAAGAGUACAAAGAGUACUUCGAAGUUAAAUUGGGAGGAGGACAUCCCAAUGGAGGAUUGAAUAAAUACCUCAGCAAUGACAGAAAGGUGUUGUCUUUUGAUAUCAUUUGGGAUGAUGCUUCCAUAGAAGGCUAAUUAAAUUAUUACACUCUCAAUUAUUAUUUGGCAGAUGACACGUGUGAAGUCAAGGAAGUUAGAAAGCAGAAUUCAGGAAAAGACCCAUAUCCACUUAUGUUGAGAAGGUAAAAGAUACCAAAAUCACCAAUCUUAACUCAUUAUCCAGGAAUGACCUUGAAAAAGGAGGAAUUUUACAGUCCCCAGGAUCUUAUUUGCGGAAACUAAGUCAGGAUCUAUGGAAGGGAUUGCUUCAUCUAUGGAUGUGAUGAUUUCACUAAGGAAUACUACUUAAAAGUUUUAGGAAUCUAAUAAAAGUAACAUUCUCAAUUACAAUAAAUAGACCAGCCACAUUGAAACAAGAGAGAGGCAAGAAGUUCUAUCAACCAGUGCCUCCUUAUAAUGGAUAUGGAUACGAGGAGGAUUCUUUGGGUUCAGUUUAUUCCUUGUAGCCUAAACCUCCUAAGAAGGAUGUGAGGAAGAAUUUUACCUAGGAUUAAUUUAUUUUAAGAUUUGAAUCAAGAUUAAUUAGCGAAGUUAGAGAAGAGAAUUCCAGAAGAUUUAUCAUUUCCUUCUAUUGUGGAGAUGAUACUGUGUAGGUGUAUCAAACUUCAGAAAGAAAUAGCGGAAUUUGGGUAAUUUGAUGAUGUGAUAUAAUUCAAGGGUGGCAAGUUCUAAGAACGAUCUAGGUAGAAAAACCCAUUGACUAAUGAUUAUUACACUGAGAAAGUACUAUUUUAUUGAGAUUAAUAAAGGAUUUCCAAUUGGGAGCUAUUGUGCAAUUCAAUGUUUACAAGUUUUAAUUGAUGAGGGCUGAUGAGUUCACUGUAAAUUAUAUGAAGCAGAAGUCUGAUGUCUUCAAAGAGGCAGAUAUUAAACAAAUAAUUGCCAAGUUGAGGUUGUUUGCAGACAAUUAUCCUAAUUUUGACUCUUUCUUAUUGGAUCUAAUGAAGUAAUUGGUGUUUCGAUUAAUAUUCUCUUAGGAAACUAGAUAAGCAAUUGAAGGGACAGAUUGAGUUUGAAGAACUUGCUGCUGGAUUGCAUGAGCUAGGGUUCAAUUUAACAUUACAAGAGCAAUAUUAUUUGAUGAGGGAAUUCGAUGUCAGUGGAGAAUGGAAAUUGAACAUGUAGGCAUUUUGGGAAGGAAUCGGAGGCAAAAGAUCUUGA